UGCCUGACAACAGUCAGAAGUCUCUAACUGUGGUUCCUGAUUCACGGAAAAACCACUUCGCGGAUUUUUCAUGGUGGUGUUUAUUCUAGUAAAUCUGAAUUUCUCACACUUUCCUGAUGUUAAGCUAAUGUUACUUGUGUAAACCCAAAGAUGAGGACAUUCCUUGCAUUGAUGCUCACUCUGACAGGUGCUCACUGCAAGGAGGUGUACGGUCCAGAUGUGGUGACCGGGUUGGUGGGGCAUACAGUGACCAUUCCAUGCAGAUAUGACAAGCACCACAGAGACAGAGUGAAGUACUGGUGCGCAGGUAGGUUACGAAGCGCCUGCGUGAAAAUGGCGAGCACGGACGGCUCUGUUACAGACAGCAGGGUCUCCAUCAGGGAUCAGAAGCCUCUGGGAGUCUUCAAUGUCACCAUAGCCUCCCUCGUGAUAAAGGACACGGGCUGGUAUCAGUGCGCAAUAAAGAGAUCCAAACUCAUUAUCGAUGACAACCACAAAGUGUAUCUCAACGUCUCCAUAGGCAGUGAAUCCGGUUUAGAUACAGCGGUGCAGAAUUCACCAGCCAAGCCUGUCACCAUUGAGUCCAGUGUUGCUGGAGUGUGGGCUGUGAUCCGGUGGAUUCUCCUCUCCCUGAUGUUGGCUUGUUUUUUCACGGUCACCUGGUGGAAGAGGAGCACUUGCAGAAAGUCGGUGCCCGCUGCUGCACACACCCUGCAGGGGUCAGACUCAACGCGCUCCCAUGUCUCAUCUCAUUGUGCACCCAGGUCGUCCCCCAUGGAACUGAGAUGAACUUUGGCUCAGAUGCAUCGAUUUGCAGUCUGACAUUGACCCAGGGCAAAGUACAGUUUUGGUUUUCAAUCUGUGUACAACUGAAUUUUUAUAUAAAAGAGACUGGUAACCGUUUCUAAACAUCACCUGUCACCUGUACGUGUACUCUUUGCAUUGUGUUGUGGUUAUAGCAUCAUAAUUUGGUUUUGCUAUUCUAAAUCACUUGGAUAUUAUAUUGUGUUGUGUCAAUCACAUGAUGAAAAAUGGAGGUAAGAGACUGCUAAGGGCUUCCUUUGCGAUUGUACAUAUUAAUAAUUUCAAUCCUGAAUUUUUGUCUUAUUGUUUUAUUUAUUUUUACAUUAAUUUGCAGCUGAUCCACUUUAUUGUAGUGGAUCCAUGAGCUCCAAGAAAAUGGCUCUGUGAUCAAACUAACAAAAAAAAUGAUUUGUGAGUGAAACCUUCAAUAUAUUAAAUAAAAUCCGUAAUCAUACUAACAACA